UUUUCGUUGGGACGCUAGGGUUUGCCAUGGAGAAACGGAGGAGAGGAAAUAGACGGAUUCCGGUGACGACGGUCAGCGACUUGCCGAUUCCGAUCUUGAUGGACAUUUUCUCAAGACUUCCUGUAAAGACGGUCUUUAUCUGCAGUUGCGUUUCCAAAACGUGGCUUAACGUCGUCUCCGUCCCUGAGUUCCGUCAAAUGGCCGGCAGCAUUUGCCCUUUGCUUCGCACCCCUAACCCACAGCGGCGCUUCAGAGCCCUCCACAUGGUUCCUAUGGACACGGCCGGUGAUCUUGAUGACUUGAUGAGAAACUCAACCUCCUCAACUCGAAGCUCUUCCUAUGGGCAAAGGACUACACUAAAGUUAACAAAAGUUAUUAAUCCUUACCGAACAGAUGAAAAGCAAUACAUAUCUGAUUCUACAUACUUAACCGGCCGUAAAAUCUUGUCAGAAAAUUUGGCAUUUGAUUCUUCAAAACUUAUGGGAGGAGAAUGAAAGCAGGUUCAAGAAAAGAACAUAAAAGAAAAGAACAUAAAAGAAAAUCAAAAUUUCCAA